AUGGUCGAACCGUUGUUUUGUUUUACUUGCCAGCACUGCGGGAAAACCUACAGGCACGACACAUCCUUGUACAGGCACAAGAGGUUCGAGUGCGAAUCGUUCGCCAGGCCGUUCACUUGCGGGGUAUGUCGCAAGACGUUCAAGAGAAAAGACCACCUGUUCAGACACAGUGUCUACAUCCACGCCGAUCUGUACCGUUGCGAGGCGUGCGGUAAGGUCUACAAGCUGAAGAACUCCCUGCGGAACCACAAGAGGUACGAGUGCGGCCGGUCGCCGCGUUUCCGAUGCGACCUCUGCCACUUCAAAACCAAGCUGAAAGGCAACCUCAAAAAGCACGUGGUCAAAGUGCACAACCGGCACUUCUGCACUACCUGCGGCAAAUCGUACAGCCUGCUGAAGAACCUGAAGCGUCACGUCGCCGUCGAGUGCCAAAAGGAGAAGACGUUCGUUUGCCAGUUUUGCGAGAAAUCUUAUUAUUAUCGGGCCGACCUCAAGAACCACCUGCAUCGGGUGCACAGAAUCCGUUUCGCCUCUUAG